GGGGCCGACCGGGAGCGGAAGCCGAGGGAGCGGCGGGAAGAUGGCGGCGCCGCCGCAGCCGCAGCCGGGACCGCCCGCCGCGCCUGCGCCGCCGCCGCUGUCGGCCGCUCCCGGGCCGGGACAAGGAGCGGGACCGGGACCGCCGCUUCCGGCGCAGGUGGCGGCCGCGCAGGCGCAGGACUUCGACCCGGUGCAGCGGUUCCGGCUGCUCAUCCCGCAGCUGAAGGAAAGCCUGCAGACGCUGAUGAAGGUGGCGGCGCAGAACCUGGUGCAGAACUCCAACAUCGACAACGGGCAGAAGAGCGCCGACGGAGCCUUGCAGCGCUUUGACAAGAGCCUGGAGGAGUUCUAUGCGCUGUGUGACCAGCUGGAGCUCUGCCUUCGCCUGGCGCACGAGUGCCUCUCGCAGAGCUUCGACAGUGCAAAGCACGCACCUGCGCUGGUGCCAGCGGCCCCCAAGGGCGAGGGGGCUGCCGGUGAGAGCCUCCCCUACACCCAGUACCUGCCCCUCAUCAAGGCACAGAUCGCAGGCGCCAAGGACAUCCACAAUGCCCUGCUGGAGGGUGCCAACAAGAUCACCGGCAAGCUGCCCCCCACGGGGGGGCCCUGACGAGGCUGUGGGGGUAGGCAGCGGGCAGUCCCCCUCCCUCUCCCCCGGCAGCCCUGUGACAAUAAAGGCACCCACACUCA